AUGGGUCAAAAAGCAAAAGACACUCUGGCGGUGCGCCCUCAGAGUCGGUCGGGGCGUUCGAAGAGUCGCUCUCCCCGGCCCAAGGACCGCAAGAAGCAGGAGGCAGUCAAGGUCGAGAGCUAUGCCUCGGACGGUGUGAAAGAACAUGACAUCUUUAACCUCCCCGGCUCCGAUUAUAAGCUGCUUGCACUAGUGACGCUCAUUGCUGCGGCUGUUCGUCUGUUCCGAAUCUACCAGCCCACGAGUGUGGUCUUCGAUGAAGUCCAUUUCGGCGGCUUUGCGUCCAAAUACAUCAAAGGAAAGUUCUUUAUGGAUGUUCACCCCCCACUCGCCAAGCUUCUGAUUACACUGGCCGGCUGGCUGGCGGGAUUCGACGGAGAGUUUGACUUCAAGGACAUUGGCAAGGACUACCUGGAGCCCGGUGUGCCCUAUGUCGCCAUGCGCAUGCUUCCGGCCAUCCUCGGUGUUCUCACUGUCGGCUUAAUGUUCCUCACCCUGAAGGUCACCGGCUGCCGUACGUCGACUGCGGUGAUGGGCGCUGGCGUUGUUAUCUUCGAUAAUGCAUUGACCGCUCAAUCCCGCUUGAUCCUUCUGGACUCUCCGCUGGUUUUCUUCACCGCACUUACGGCAUUGACAUUCAGCUGUUUCACCAACCAACAAGAACUGGGACCGUCUCAUGCCUUCCGUGGACCAUGGUGGUUUUGGCUGGUCGCCAGUGGUCUCUCUCUUGGAGCUACCCUCAGCGUUAAAUGGGUUGGACUGUUUACCAUGGCCUGGGUUGGAUCUCUCACGAUCCUCCAGCUGUGGGUGCUGGUGGGCGAUUCGAAGAAUGUUACACCGCGGCUGUGGUUCAAGCACUUCUUCGCCCGUGUCUUCUGCCUUAUUGUCAUUCCCAUGGCCUUCUACAUGGCCAUGUUUGCCAUCCAUUUCGCUUGCUUGAGCAAUCCUGGAGAGGGUGACGGCUUCAUGUCGUCGGAAUUCCAGGCAACUCUAAACGAAAAGGGAAUGAAUGAUGUCCCGGCGGAUGUCUCCUUUGGAGCGAGGAUCAGCAUGCGUCAUCACAACACGCAGGGUGGUUAUCUGCACUCUCACCCCCAUAUGUACCCAACGGGAAGUCAGCAGCAGCAAGUCACCCUCUAUCCCCACAAGGACGACAACAACGUCUUUAUCAUGGAGAACCAGACGCAGCCUCUGGGAGAAUAUGGCGAGAUCGAGGGUCCUUACGCAUGGGACAACUUGACCACGGAAUACAUUACGGAUGGUUCGGUUAUCAAACUCUACCAUGAGAUCACGCACAGGCGCAUCCACUCGCACGAUGAGCGCCCUCCUGUGACCGAGGCUGAUUGGCAGUUUGAGGUCUCCGCCUAUGGAUAUGAGGGUUUCCCGGGUGAUGCGAAUGACCUGUUCCGAGUCGAAAUUAUCAAGUCCCUGUCCGAGGGCGAGGAAGCUAAGAAGCGACUCCGGACUAUUCAGACCAAGUUCAAGCUGGUGCACGUCAUGACCGGCUGCGUUCUGUUCUCUCACAAGGUCAAGCUUCCGGAUUGGGGAUGGGAGCAACAGGAGGUCACCUGCGCUCGCAGUGGUUCUCUGCCCAACAGUGUCUGGUACAUUGAGUCCAACAGCCACCCCAUGAUGCCUGCGGAUGCAGAGCGAGUGAACUACCGCAAUCCAGGCUUCCUCGGCAAGUUCUGGGAGCUGCAGAAGGUGAUGUGGACCACGAACGCGGGUUUGGUCGAGUCUCACGCCUGGGACUCCCGCCCCCCGUCCUGGCCGAUCCUCUCUCGUGGCAUCAACUUCUGGGGCCGAGAUCACCGCCAGAUCUACCUCCUGGGCAACCCGCUUAUCUGGUGGUCGUCCACUGCUGCCUUGGGUAUCUAUGCUGUCUUCAAAGCCUUCUCUAUACUUCGAUGGCAGCGAAGCUGUGGGGACUACAACCAUGUCUCCUUCAAGCGCUUCGACUAUGAGGUGGGAACUAGCGUUCUGGGUUGGAUGUUCCACUACCUCCCCUUCUACCUGAUGGCUCGCCAGCUCUUCCUGCACCACUACCUUCCGGCUCUCUACUUCGCCAUCAUGGUACUCUGCCAAGAGUUUGACUUUGUGCUCAAUCGAUUCAAGCGCCUCGGUCUCUCUUCGAAACCUGCGAUCGGCAAGACGUUGAUGACAGAUGCUUGCAACCGAGUGAAGCUCCUGGGCUCUUGGGACUUUGACUGCAAUACCUUCCACACCGACCUGAGCCAGUAUGUGACUCCAUACGGUGUCGUGAACGAGGCUGUUCCGACGACUCCGGUUGCCCAGGUCCCUCCUCACGGGCAGCCAGUCCAUGAAGCUGUCCAGGAGCCGAGCGCAGCUGCCGUCACCGACCACCCCGCGCCGCUGAUCCCAGGCGACAAGGCCCGCGUCGAGUACCGCGACCAGAACGGCAACCUCCUCCCCGAGGAAGUGGUCAAUUCGCUUCGUGCAGAGGGCAAGGUCAAGUUCGAGACCCGCUACGAAGCCAACACCAGAUUGGAGCACGGCCACGAGGUUGAUGUGGUCGAUGGCAAGAUCGUCCACCCGCCGCAUCCAGACGUUGAGGGCCAGAACCCUGAAACUGGCGGGAAGCCAGAUGCUCCCGAGAGCCCUGCCUCGGUGCAGGGCAAUGCGCCGUCGGCGGAGCGGCAAGGUUCUCAGGAGGCUAAGCCCGCCAGUGAGGGGAAUGAGGCCACUCAGCAGUGA